AUGCCGAGAGCCAUCCCUGACCGUUGCCCUGCGCGGUUUGCCGACAAGAGGGAUCUCGAGAGACACCAUAAUACCACUCAUCUGAGGAUUGAUGGGGGAUAUGAGUGUCCGGACUGCGGAACAAAGCUUGAAAGAUCGGACCAUCUUUCGCGUCACUUGAAAAAGCCAUGCAAAAAGACUAGGGUCGGUCGUUAG